AUGGAGAGCGACGAGGAGAUCAGGAGGGUGCCGGAGGUCGGGCUGGAGCUGGCCGGCCCGUCGACGUCCGGCAGCAGGGAAGCGACUGCUGCUGCGGGGACGUCGUCGGCCGCGUCGCAGGCGGCCAGCGCCGCCCGCCGCCGCGGCCGCAGCCCCGCCGACAAGGAGCACCGGCGCCUCAGAAGGUUGCUUCGGAACCGGGUGUCGGCGCAGCAGGCACGGGAGAGGAAGAAGGCGUACCUGAGCGAGCUGGAGGUGAGGGUCAAGGACCUGGAGAAGAGGAACUCAGAGCUGGAGGAGAGGCUGUCCACGCUGCAGAACGAAAAUCAAAUGCUUAGACAGAUACUGAAGAACACCACUGUAAACAGAAGAGGAGGCCCAGGUGGCAGCAGUGCCGGUGGAGACAGUCAAUAG